UUCUCCUCCCAGUCCCCACCGAGCCGGGGACAAGAAGACACCAGGAGCCUCUCACCCGCUGGACUCCACCCCCCCUACCGGAGACUUCCAAGUAGGCACAGCCACCUCUGUUGUCUCGCAGCCAUGACUCUGCCCCACAACCCCGCAAGUGUGGGGGAGCCCCGGCCCGCCCAGGUGGUGGAGGUGCACAGGCGGGAGCACCGGCAGGAGGAGGAGCGGAAGGAGCAGCGGCAGCACAGCUUGCACAUGGGCUCCUCCGUGCGGAGACACACCUUCCGCAGCAGUGAGGAGGAGCAUCAGUUCAGCGCCGCCGACUACGCCCUGGCAGCUGCCCUGGCCCUGACGGCCUCCAAGGAGGUGUCUUGGGAGGCCCAGCUGCGUCGCCAGACCUCGGCCGUGGAGCUGGAGGAGCGCGGGCAGAAGCGCGUGGGCUUCGGGAACGACUGGGAGAGGACCGAGGUGGCCUUUCUGCACACGCACCGCCUGCUGCGCCAGAGACGUGACCGCCACGCGCUGCGCCAGCGGACGGAGGAGAAGGUCCGGGAAGCCAAGGAGCUGCUGGAGCUGUGUUCAGGCCGGGGGCCCUGGUUCUGGAUCCCGCUGCGCUCGCACGCCGUGUGGGAGCACACCACGGUCCUGCUCACCUGCACCGUGCAGGCCUCGCCGCCGCCCCAGGUCACAUGGUACAAGAAUGACGUGCGCCUCGACCCCCGCCUCUUUCCUGCUGGCAAGUACCGAAUCACCAACAACUACGGGCUGCUGACCCUGGAGAUUAGAAGGUGCACCGCUGAGGACUCGGCCACCUACACGGUGAAGGUGAAGAACGCCUAUGGCCAGGCCUCCUCCUUCGCCAAGGUCCUCGUCCGCACGUAUCUGGGGAAGGAGGCUGGCUUCGACUCGGAGCUCUUCAGACGAUCCAUGUUUGGCCGUGACGUGGAGUUCACGUCUGUGCUGAAGCCCGUGUUCGCCCGUGAGAAGGAGCCCUUCUCCCUGUCCUGCCUGCUGUCCGAGGACGUGCUGGACGCCGAGCAGAACAUCCUGUGGUUCCGAGAUGGGAGGCUGCUGAGGUCCCUGGGCCGCUGGCAGAUCCUGUACGCCGACCGCCAGGCGUCCCUGCGGGUGUCCUGCGCCUACAAGGAGGACGAGGGGCUCUACGUGGUGCAGGUGCCCUCGCCCUCUGGGCCCCGGCAGCAGAGCGCCUACGUGUUCGUGCGAGAUGCGGCCGCGGAGAAGCCCGGAGCCCCAGGCUCCCCGCUGAACGUCCAGUGCCUGGAUGUGAACAGAGACUGCCUGAUCCUGACCUGGGCCCCGCCCAGCGACACCCGCGGCAGCCCCAUCACCGGCUACUCCAUCGAGCGGUGCCAGGGCGACUCCGGGGAAUGGGUGCCCUGCCACGAGGCCCCCGGGGGGACCUGUCGGUGCCCAAUCCAAGGCCUCAUCGAAGGCCAGAGCUACAGGUUCCGGGUGAGAGCCAUCAACAAGGCGGGCAGCAGCCUCCCCUCCAAGGCCUCAGCAGCCGUUGUCAUGGGUGACCAUGACGCAGCCCGGAGGAAGACAGAGAUCUCGUUUGGCCUGGGGAAGAAGAUCACCAUCAGUGAAGAGGAUUUUGAAGACACCGUGACCAUCCCUGGAUCGCCCACCAACGUGCACGCCAGUGAGAUCCGAGAUGCCUACGUGGUUCUGGCCUGGGACGAGCCAAGGCCCCGAGGCAAAGCCCCACUGACGUACUUCCUGGAGAAGUCGGUCAUAGGCAGCGGCAUGUGGGAGGCCAUCAGCUCUGAGGCGCCCGUGAAGUCCCCAAGGUUUGCCCUCCUGGACCUGGAGAAGGGGAAGUCCUACGUGUUCCGCGUGCGGGCCAUGAACCAGCACGGCGUGAGCGAGCCCUCGGAGCCCAGCGAGCCCAUCGCCUUGAGGGGCCAGCCAGCGACACUCCCUCCCCCAGCUCAAGUUCAAGCUUUCCGAGACACGCAGACUUCCGUCUCCCUGACCUGGGAGCCCGUGGACGCUGGCCCCGAGCUCCUGGGCUACUACAUCUACUCCCGGGAGGUGGGGUCGACGGAGUGGCAGACCGUCAACAACAAGCCCAUCCAGGGCAGCAGGUUCUCGGUUCCCGGGCUGAGGACCGGGAGGGAGUACGAGUUCUGCAUCAGGUCCGUCAGCGAGGCCGGGGUGGGCGAGAGCUCAGCCGUCACGGAACCCAUCAGGGUCAAGCAGGCUCUGGCCACCCCAUCUGCCCCGUACGACUUCGCCCUCCUGAGCUGCGGGAAGAAUGAGAUGGUCAUCGGGUGGAAACCCCCUAAGCGUCGUGGAGGCGGCAAGAUCCUGGGCUACUUCCUGGACCAGCACGACUCGGAGGAGCUGGACUGGCACGCAGUCAACCAGCAGCCCGUCCCCAGCCGGGUGUGCAAGGUCAGUAACCUCCACGAGGGCCACUUCUAUGAGUUCCGGGCCCGGGCGGUCAACUGGGCAGGUGUUGGUGACCUGUCGGCACCCAGCAGCCUGUUUGAAUGCAAAGAGUGGACGAUGCCCCAGCCAGGGCCGCCGUACGACGUGCGGGUGUCCGAGGUGCGGGCCACCUCCCUGAUGCUGCAGUGGGAGCCCCCACUGUACACGGGCACUGGACCAGUCACAGGCUACCAAGUCAGCUUCCAGGAAGAUGGCUCUGAGCAGUGGAAGGUGGCCACCCCAGGCCCUGUCCCCGGUACUCACCUGAGGGUGUCUGACUUGCAGCAAGGAAAGAGUUACGUGUUCCAGGUGCAGGCCAUCAAUUCGGCGGGUCUGGGGCAGCCUUCGAUGCCCACCGACCCUGUGCUGAUGGAGGAGAAGCCAGAUGCCCGGGAGAUCGAGGUUGGCGUGGACGAAGAGGGCUUUAUCUACUUGGCUUUCGAAGCCCCUGAGGCCCCCGACUCCUCGGAGUUUCAGUGGUCCAAAGACUACAAGGGCCCACCGGACCCCCAGAGGGUCAAGGUCGAGGACGGAGCUAACAAGUCCAAGAUCAUCCUGAAGGAACCGGGUCUCGAGGACCUGGGCACCUACUCGGUGGUGGUCACCGACGCUGACGAAGACAUUUCUGCAAGCCACACGCUGACCGAGGAAGAGCUGAACAGGCUGAAGAAGCUGAGUCACGAGAUCAGGAACCCCGUGAUCAAACUGAUCUCCGGCUGGAACGUGGACAUCCUGGAGAAGGGAGAGGUGCGGCUCUGGCUGGAGGUGGAGAAGUUAUCUCCGGCGGCCGAGCUGCACCUCAUCUUCAACGAGAAAGAGAUCUUCAGCUCGCCGAACCGCAAGAUCAACUUUGAACGGGAGAAGGGGCUGGUGGAAGUGAUCAUCCAGAACCUGUCUGAGGAGGACAGAGGGUCGUACACCGCUCAGCUCCAAGACGGCAAAGCCAAAAACCAGAUCACCCUGGCGCUGGUGGACGACGAGUUCGACAAGCUCCUGAGGAAGGCAGAUGCUAAGCGGAGAGACUGGAAGAGAAAGCAGGGUCCCUAUUUCGAGGAACUUCUGCAGUGGAAGGUCACAGAGGACUGCCAAGUGCUGCUGACCUGCAAGGCCACCAACACCAAGAAGGAGACUCGCUUCCAGUGGCUCUUCCGGAAGAGGGAGGCCCCGGAUGGUCAGUACGACCCGCAGACGGGGAAAGCAGUUCUGUGCAUUGAAGAGCUGUCCAGAGAGGACCGGGGAGUUUACAGAGCUGUGGUCGCUGACGACCGAGGCGAGGACGACACCAUCCUGGACCUCAUGGAUGAAGCCCUGGACGCUAUCUUCACGGAGCUGGGCAGGAUCGGUGCCCUCUCUGCCACCCCACUGAAAAUCCAGGGGACUGAAGAGGGGAUCCGGAUCUUCAGCAAGGUCAAGUACUACAACGUGGAGUACAUGAAGACCACCUGGUUCCACAAAGACAAACGCCUGGAGACCGGCGACCGGCUGCGGGCAGGCACCACCCUGGAUGAGAUCUGGCUGCACAUCCUGGACCCCAAAGACUCGGACAAGGGCAAGUACACCCUGGAGAUAGCCGCCGGGAAGGAAGCGCGGCAGCUCUCGGUGGACCUCUCGGGGCAAGCUUUUGAGGACGCCCUGGCUGAACACCAGAGACUGAAAGCCUUGGCCAUCAUCGAGAAGAAUCGUGCCAAGGUGGUCAGGGGCCUGCCGGACGUGGCCACCAUCAUGGAGGAUAAGACCCUAUGCCUGACCUGCGUCAUCUCAGGAGACCCCACCCCUGAAAUCUCCUGGCUGAAGAACGACCAGCCCGUCACCUUCCUGGACCGCUACCGCAUGGAGGUGAAGGGUUCGGAGGUCACCAUCACCAUCGAGAAGGUCAACAGCGAGGACAGCGGACGCUAUGGGGUCUUCGUCAAGAACAAGUACGGCUCCGAGACGGGCCAGGUCACCAUCAGCGUGUUCAAGCACGGAGAUGAGCCCAAGGAGCUGAAGGGGAUGUGAGCAGCGCGUCAGGCAGGGCCCGGCCUGCUCUGCUGGCUGGGCCACAGCCGGGCACAGGCCAGG